GUCGCGUGUAUUGUACACCGUCAGAUCUAACCCCGAUUUUUCAUGCAGGCGCUAACACAAUGGCUCUCCGUCCGGCAUCUGGUCGCAGCCCGCUCCGAAGCCAUAAACACUAACCUCCAACUCCACUUCACCGACAAGGAGCCGCCAGUGUGCAGCGUGCUGAACGAAGACCAGCGAGGACAGCUCGAUCUCGUCAGCUCUGGGCAGGGCGACCUGAUACGCUCCAGCGCAGGAGACAGUAACGGUCGUCGUUGCAACCCUCUGGCUAUCCUGAUGGCCUGGAUGGCAGCCAAGGACGUGCAUCUUCAGCGCUACCAGAAACUUUACCUGGACCAAGGAUUCGACGUCCUCACGGUCAAGACCCACCUGCUGCAGUUCGCCCUGCCCAAGAAGGACGACCAGCACGUGGCCGAAAAGGUGCUCGACUUCCUACUGGAAAACCCCAGCUACACAAACCUCGUGGUACAUGCCUUCAGCGUGGGUGGCUACCAGAUGGGAGAGAUCCUAGCCCGCAUGGGCAUGAGCGGAAGCCGGUACACUAACCUGCUACCGCGGUUUAAGGCUCAAGUCUACGACAGCCUGGUCGAGUACACCGGUGCCGCGGUCGGCUUCUCCAAGGUGUUCGCCAAGGAUCCGAGGCUUCAAAAGAUUCUCGAGCUUGUGUUCAAAAUACAGGCCGCCGUGUUGUACCCGGUGUCGACGGUACACCACAAGGCGGCUUCGGAGGCCGUUCACGACAGCGUGCUGACGUGUCCAGUGCUGUUGUUUGGGUCCAGAAAGGAUAACGUCAGUUCACUGGAUGAUAUCGCUGAUCUAGCCAACGAAUGGCGCCAAAAGGGCCUUGACGUUUCUCUGUGCGCCUUCGACGAUAGUAAGCAUGUACAACACAUCGCCAAAUACCCCGAGCAAUACACCAAUGAAGUGAUCCGGCUCUUGCGAAAGGCCAAGCUUGUAAAGUAGAUUAUGGAAUGAGCCCUGUCCCAUUGUUUUGCUGCCGCCGUUAUUAUUCCAUUGUUGCGAGCGAAGCGCUUGUCUGGACCACCUGGAUGGGUGCGGGGGUUUGAAGAACUAAAAAAUUGGGAAAUCCAGGUCCUGUGAAGGGCGUGGCCUUCAACUA